AAAUUCUUCAAGGUCAGGGAAAAGUCAGAGAAUCGUAUUCUGAGACAGGAAAAAUUGGCAUUUUAAAGAAACGUCAGGGAAAAUUGAAAUUAUAGCACUGCUGGCCAUAGAAGAAACAUUUUAGGUCACUUGUGAUGGCUCAAUGCUGCUUCCCCUUUCUUUCAGCAAAGCUUGCACAAGGAAAGAUUUCUGUCGCAGGGCAGGAAUAUGACUUCCAGUCUCCCAUAUGAGAUGACAGUGUAUCUAAUUCAGUCUAACUGGAAAUAACUUCGCUGCAAAGAGUCUGCAAGCCUCGGGUCUGCAAUGUUACUGUUGAACGAAAAAAACUGGGGAGAGCAGCCAAAACUUUCUAGGGGUAGUUUCAAGUACACUUCAUGCUGUCCUGACUAAACAUUGUUUGAUUUCAUUUUGUUGUUGUUGUUUUUAUUUCCUUUGAAAGGAAGUUGCAGGACACAUCUUUUCAGUGAAGUUAUAUUUCUGUAAGGAUUCUUGAAGAAAAACGAGUUUAUAAGUGGUUACUUGAAUGUAAGGUUUCUCCCCACCCCACUACCGCUGAGCAGAAGUGUUACAAAAUCAAAAUGGCGUCCAUGUUGUUCACGGCGGUGUAUUUUCUCUUGAUAUCUUUGUGCCUAGCUGCCUUUACUCUCGCUUUUUGCUUUUUGGUCUACCUGCAUCAUAAACAUAAGACACUUGACCACAUUCCAGGCCCCAAACGGGACGGAUUUUUGUGGGGAAAUGUCAAGUUACUCCAACGCUUGAAAGAAGAGAACGACUUGAAUGGAUUUCAAGUGUUGAGACAUCUGGUCCAAGAGCAUGGCCCUGUCAUGAUUAUUUGGAUUUUUCAUAUCCCACUCGUCUACGUUUCAGAUGCUGAUAUAGUCAAGAAAGUGCUUAUAACGUCGAAUUUUCCCAAAGAUGCCUGGUCUUACGAUCGACUUGGCUAUCUCUUCGGAGAGCGAUUUAUGGGGAAAGGGCUUGUUACGGAGACAGACCAUGAGAAAUGGAAGAUCAAACGCCUUGCAGUGAAUCCUGCAUUCCACAGGAAAUACUUGAAGGAACUUCUGAUCCAGUUUAACUCAAGUUGUGACGUGUUUUUGGCGAGGCUGACUGACUUAGCAGAUGGAAAGACCGAAGUGAAAAUGGCGGAUGAGUUUAACAGAAUUACUUUGGACAUAAUUGGAAAGGUGGCCUUUGGAAUUGAUUUAAAUGCGAUUGGUGACCCUGAUUCUCCAUUCCCCACUGCCAUAAGGGAAUGUUUAGCAGCCCCAAUUUGGUGUCUAUCUCAUCCACUUCAUGCGAUUGACUUUACAAGUUAUGGCUAUCAAAAUUCAGUUGUGUCUGCAGUUCACUUCUUACGAGAUACAGGAAAGAAAAUCAUUGAUGAAAGAAGAAAAGCCUUAACAAAUGAGGAAGAGGUGCCUUCAGAUAUUCUCAGUUAUAUCCUUAAGUCUGUAAAUGAAGACACUGAUCUGGACUACGAAGAACUGCUUGAUUACUUUGUCACUUUCUUUAUUGCUGGUGGGUAUUUCUUAUUAUUAUGUACUCCACAUUUUUCUUUAUCUUUCAGUAGUAGCCACUCAGCUGAGUCCUGUUGGAAAUCUGCAAAUCUGAUUGGUUCCAUCAUCGUUUUCUAUUCACUGGUUGUCAAUGAUCUUGUGCAUGCUGCUCUUGAACCUUCAUCGUUCUUAACUUUAGGCUCAAAAAUACACAAAGUUGUAGGUUUGGUGAACUGUAAUCCUUUGCAGUGUCUACUUAAACUAUUAGACAACUCACCCUUGUUUUCUAUGAGUGCUACCCUUCAUUGACUAUUUGCCCAUAGAAAAGUAGUCUGACCCAUAGUUACAUGUAAAUAUAUAAGAUUACAUGUUGCAAUUUAACUUACAUGUACAUGUAGUCAGCAGAAUGGUGUUUGACAGUUAAAAUGUAUCCUCCAGUUACACAACUGUUGCACGUGUGAGAGGAGUACAUUAAAGAUUGCAGCAUCGGUAGAUUUUUUUAUAUAUAUACUUAAAGAUGAUUUCUGGCCGUACUACACAGUCUCA